GUCACUUCCAAACACCAACACCACUCGUUUUUAUUGUAACUCAGCCAGCGUUUAUUCAAAAGAAAAUUUGGGGGCUUUUCAGUUUUCUCUGCAGUUUCGUAAAAAAUCUGUGAACUCGCUUUUCAAGCCAUCUCCUUUUUUCUUUUCCGCUUCUUGAAAUUAAAAUCCAACUCAAAUUUGCUUUCUUCUUCCUUUAUUUAUAAUUUCUUUUGUGUGUUACACUCUUCAAAAAAACUAUUUUAAUAUAUUUUAAUACAUAGCUCUAGCAUAUUUCCAAUGGAUUUUCUGGCCAUAGAAAACGCCUCCUCCUCCUCCUCAUCUAUUCCUCCUUCUUCUACUCCUGGAUGCAAAUACGAAUACGACGUGUUUCUCAGUUUCAGGGGCACCGACACCCGCAACAAUUUCACAGACCAUCUAUACGAUAGGUUGGAACAAGUAGGCAUAUCAACAUUUAGGGACGAUGAGAGGCUCGGGCAAGGAACAGAGAUUAACUCAGGGCUCCUGAGAGCAAUAGAUGAAUCGAAAAUCGCUGUUGUCGUUCUAUCCAAACAAUACGCUUCGUCGCGUUGGUGUUUGAUCGAACUAGCAAAGAUCGUUGAGUGCAUGGACAAGAAGAAGCUGACAAUCCUUCCUGUGUUCCACUAUGUGGAUCCUAGUGAUGUCAGGAAUCAGAGAGGGUCUUUCGCGGAAGCUUUUGCAAAACAUGAAAAUCGAUUCAAAGAUGUGAAGACUUGGAGAGCAGCCUUGACCAAAGUUGCCAAUCUCUCUGGAUGGCAUCUAAAGGAUAAUUCUGAAUCAGAAGUUAUCAAAAAAAUCAUUCAAAGAAUAAGUAGUGAGUUGGAUCCUGAAGUCCCAUUUGUUUCCGAGCACCUUGUUGGAAUGAACUCCCGUGUGAAGGAAAUGUUGGAUUUAUGCUUGGGUGAAAGGUUGAAUUGUGUCCGCUUAGUUGGGAUUUGUGGUAUGGGUGGAAUCGGUAAAACAACUCUUGCCCGAGAAAUUUAUAAUAGAAUUUUUCGUAACUUUGAAGCUAGUAGUUUUAUUGCUAAUGUUAGAGAAGAGUCUGAAAGUGGAAGUCUAGUUUCUUUACAGAACAAUCUUCUUUCUAAGAUCCUCAUGGGAGCAGAAAACAAUAUUUCAGAUGUUGAAGAGGGAAAGAAAAUUCUAAGGAAUAGACUCUGCAAUAAGAAGGUUCUUAUUGUUCUUGAUGAUGUGAAUGAGGAUAAACAACUGAAAGCAUUAGCUGGGAAUGAUUGGUUUGGUCCAGAGAGUAUAAUCAUUGUAACAAGUAGAGAUAGACACUUGUUGAACACUUCUUGGGAUGGGGUGAUUGAUAUAUAUACAGCUGAGGGGUUGAAUGAUGAUGAAGCAAUGCGGCUUUUUAGUUUGAAGGCUUUUAAGAAACCUCAUCCUGAAGAAAAUUAUGUGGAUUUGUCUAUAAAUUUUGUGAGUUACGCUAACGGCCUUCCUUUAGCUCUUAGAGUUUUAGGUUCUUCAUUGUUUGGUAAAACACCUGAUGCAUGGAGAAGUGCUCGAGAUAAAUUAGAAGCAAAACCUAAUAGAGUCAUUAUGGAUGUACUUGAAAUGAGUGUUGUUGGGCUUGAUGAUACACAAAGAGAUUUGUUUUUAGAUAUUGCAUUUCUCUUUAAAGACAUGGCCUACUAUCGCAUAAGAGAUACUCUAGAAAGUUUAGGUCACUGUACCUACGAUAUUGAUGUUCUUAAGGACAAAUCUCUUAUAACCAUUACUUCAAAUGGAGCUCUUUGGAUGCAUGAUUUGCUUAAAGAAAUGGGUCGAGACAUUGUUCGUCGUGAAUCCCCUGAAGAGCCUGGUAAACGUAGUAGGUUAUGGAGUUAUAAGGAUGUCUUACAUGUAUUGACAAGUAAUGCUGGAACAGAGGUAGUUAAAGGCAUAAUGCUAAACAUGCCUAUUGAAGCAAAGGAACGCUUGAGUGCUGAAGCCUUCACAAAGAUGAAAAUUUUGAGAUUUCUUAAAAUUGGUUAUGUGCAUCCUCCAGAAGACCUCAUUGGAGGUCCUAUCCAACUUCCACAAGGUCUCAAUUAUCUUUCUAACGAGUUACGCAUAAUAGAUUGGCAUGGAUAUCCUUCAAAAUCCAUGCCAACUAGUUUCCAACCAAACAAACUUGUUGAACUAAGAAUGCAUAACAGUGACAUCAAACAACUAUGGAAAGGAAUUAUGAUUUUAAAUGAGUUAAAACUCAUUGACCUUAGUGAUUCUCAAAACUUGAUUGAGAUCCCAGACCUUAGUGGAGCCCCAAAUCUUAAGCAGUUGAUUCUUAAUGGUUGUACAAGACUGUCUAACGUUCAUCCAUCUCUUGGAAAUCUCAAACAACUUAUUCUAUUAGAUAUGAGUGGUUGUAGGUGCCUCAAUAGUCUUCCUCACAAGAUCAACUUGGAAGCUCUUGAAUUUUUUGAUCUUCGUGGUUGUUCAAAACUGAAGAAAUUUCCAUAUAUUGUGGAAAAUAUGCCACGUUUGUGGAAACUUUGUUUGAGUGAGACUGCUAUAAAAGAUCUAUCAUUAUUAGUGAUACACUCCACUGGCCUUAUAGAAUUGGAUCUAAGAGAUUGCAAAAACCUUUCAAGUCUCCCUAUUGCAAUUUGUAGUUUGAUGUCUCUUAAAACUCUCAAUUUAUCUGGCUGCUCAAAACUUGAUGAAUUGCCAAAAAAUUUGGGGAAAAUCGAAGGUUUGGAGGUGUUAGACUUGAGUGGAACUGCUAUAAUGGGCCUACCUUCAUCCGUUGUUCACUUAAAAAAUCUCAAAGUACCAUCUCUCGCCGGAUGCGUGGGACCAUCAUCUAAAUCAUUUAAUAAGCUCACGAGGUUUCCUUUAAUGCAACCUAGAAGAAGUCCAAAUCCCAUGGGCACGCUAGAGCAUUCUUUAAUAGGCUUAUGCUCUUUGACCGAACUUAAUCUAAGUUAUUGCAAUAUUCAAACAAUUUCUAAUGUUCUUGGGUGCUUGUCAUCUUUAGAAAGUUUAAAUCUAGGGGGAAAUAAUUUUGUUUGCCUUCCUGAAAGUGUCAUUCAACUAUCUAAUCUAAGAUAUCUUUAUAUUGGUAGAUGCACUCAUCUUCGAAUGUUGCCCAAGCUUCCAUUAAAUAUUAAGUGGAUUGAUGCAACAAAGUGUACCUCAAUGGAAACAUUAUCAUUAAGACCAGAAUCCAAUUUUUGGCCAAAAUUUUAUCUUCUCGGUUGCAAUAAAUUGAUCAAGAAUCAAGACUCCGGUGACCUGUUUUCAACAAUGCUAAGACGUUGUAUCAUUAAUACCCAGGGUCAGCAAGAUGCUACUGAUUACUCUCUCAUGAUUGCUGGGAGUGAAAUUCCGAAAUGGUUUAGCCACCAAAAUGUGGGGGGUUCAGUGAAUCUGCAAGUGUCCUCAGAUUUAUUCCUUAACAAAUUGAUGGGAAUCGCUGUGUGUGCUGUCUUUGUAUUCGGCAAGCAUGAUGAAGGACAUCUUUGGUGUACUGUUAAUGGAGAAGCUGGAAUUGGCCAUAUUUUUUCCAAGGAAUUUGAUAAGGUUGAAUCAUAUCAGCUUUGGCUGCAAUAUUUUUCCUCUACACGCCUUGCAUGCUGGAAAGAAAUACUGAAUAAAGUCGACGCUGACGGAUUCAGCCAGAUUGAAGUUAAAUUUGAAACCUUGGGUCUAGGAUUGGAGGUUACGAAAUGCGGGGCCCAUCUGGUAUCCGAGCGAGACAUUGAAGAGCUAAUAAACCAAACUAAGGCUGGGCCUAGCAGCUGCAUCAUCACUUCUUAUGAUGGGGAUGGUUUUGAGGAUUCAGAAAAAGAUACCAAAAUUAAGCGAAGCCGUGAUGACUCUGUUGGGGAAGGGGCUGGACCUAGUGGAGAAGCUACCUCUAAUGAUGAAGACGAACCACACCCAAAGAGGAUAAGGCUCCCUAAUCUGAUUGAAAGAUUAAUUCCACGUUUGGGAAAUUGGCUUGGGAAUUCAAGCACACAAGAACAAGGUGACUCUGAUUGCGAGGAAGAGAAAUCCCAGUGAAAUUGGUAGCUUUGAUGAAAUUGGCUGAUCAGCUUUCUUGUCUUUGACUUUUUCUACCUCAUACUGGAUAUGAAGAAGUAUUUUAUUUGGGCUUUGUUGAAAAGGAGAAACUGUCAUGUUGCUGGCUGAUGAAAAAGCAUGUGGAACUGAUUGUAUGGUAGUCAUUUUUGUUCAAUUGUGUUGGAUGUUGCUUUGAUGUGGCAGUCCUAUAUAUUGUGUGGAUCACGUCCAGAUUGGUUGAAUCAAUACAAUUGCAUGGAAGCUUCUAUUGCUAGCAACUGCCAAAGCUUGAAUGUGCAGAAGUGUGUGCUUUUUCACUGUUACAUGACUUCUUUAUCUGAUAAUUGGGGUCUCAUUUGUCAAUUGACGGUUGAUAAUGGAGAAAGAUAUAAGCAAAAUUGUUUGUGAAGCAAGACCCUGUAGAUUUAGAAGCUAUGUUGAAGAAGUUUAGCCUAAAAGACUCAGAUUACACGUUGAUUCCAUGCUUAAGGAUGAGGGAAAACAAGAUGUACAAUAUCCUCUUGCAUUGCUGCCUUCAUUACUUUUGAGCUUUUCCUUUUUAGCUACUGAUGAAUUCAAAGAUUGUUGACUACAACGGAUUGAUUAGUUUCCACAAAAAGCAAUGGAUUCUUGGAGUUGAAAUGUUUAUUUUAUCUUACAUUAAGCUGCAAAGGUUUAAUUGACUGAAUGAUUAGUAUAAGGCCAUUGUCUGCUACGGUCAAUGAUAGGGAAGGAGGACCAUGCCAUGCCUUAUUACCUUAUUAAGAAACCAAGAUCAGAUAAAUUGACCAUGGAAUGCUUGACAGCAGAGAUGAUCGUCCUAUUGCCAGUAGUACGGUUUUGGUGCUACUACCACCACUACACGGUCUUUGUGUGUCUCUGGGGUUGAGGCUGAUGAUAAUGAUGGAGUGGAACAGGUUUCAGAAACUCAAAAGAUCAAAAAAGGUCCCACAAAGAUCACCUGAAAGCAUAUGUUAUGUUGUUUUGUAUAUAUGUUUUCUGAUGGUACCAGUUGGAGCAAUGCCAGAAACCUUUGGAGGAGAAUAUAAUUGUUUAUUUGGGGACAGUUUGUGGGAAGACCUACAUUGCUGUACUGCUUAUACGCAAGUUGAGUCACUUGAUAAGGAAGCCCAAGAAGAAGAUAUGCAUCUUUUUACCCCUACGGUGGCUCUUGGCUCUGGUUUAGUAGAUCAUGCUCAUGUAACUGGGCAAAUGCCAGUGAAUUGAGUGUUAUCUUCUGGAGGUAAAGUGGACUUGUUGAUGACUGCAGAAAUGGUGGUUGGUUCUGCUUCUGCUGAUGGCUGUGUUGUCCUUUGAUGGGUUCAGCUGCUAAGUGGGGAAAGAGGCUUUUCAUAGGAUGUAUUCCAAUUGAAGCUACUAUGGAUAAUGUGCAGUUGCAUUUCAGUCAGUUUGGCCAUGCUUUGGACUUUUAUCUUGCCAUGGAUGAAAGAUUGGGCAGAGGUGUGUCCUAGAUGUCAUCAUGAUAUGCCUCUUCUCGGCUUUGGGACGUGCUUGGGCCUAAUAGGCACUCAUGGGUAGCUGGAGUAUCAAAGGAAAGAGCCUCAGAAAUUCCUUAUUAUCUUAGAGAAACUCAAGAAUUCUUGGAGCGGUCAAAACAGAGGAAAACAUAUGAAGAGUUUGAGAAAAGAUGUCAAGUUUAGGUUGAUGUUUAAAGGAACUGGCUGCAACUUUAUCCUAAACAGAUUUCUCUAUUGUAACUGGUUUGUGCCUUGUUUCAUCCCUCAUGACCUCUGGUUAAAAGUUUGCUAGUAGUUGGGUUUGUGAUUGUUUUGUUUGUAAAAACAAGAUGUUGGGUAUGAUUAGCACCAAUAUAGGGGCUGUAGUUUAGUCUAAAGACUCGCGUCUCUGUGUAGAAAUGGGUUGGGAUGAUAUAACACUGUUUUCAUGCUAAGAAAGGAGUUUAUGCCAGGGUAGAUGCCUUUGUUGUAGUGGACUAGCUAAAGUCUGAGUGUUUCAAGUGUUUCUGUUUGAAUUGGUGUGUUUCAUAUCAAUAAUAAUUUCUAAAUUAUCCAAAAUGAUAAAAACAAGAGUCGUUCACA